AUGCCUUCUGAGCGUCGCGACAGUGCCGCAGAGGCUCAGCAACAUGUCAGUGAUCUGGUUGACGGCGUGGUCUACCUCAAGAACAAGGCAAAGGAGAAGACGAAGAAGCUACUAGACUCUGCAGACCCCUCCGAUCCCGCCGACCAUGUCUCUGACGACGAGACCGACAUCUUUGCCGAUGCGGCCUUCGACCCUUCGAAAAUCCACCAGCCGAGCUCGCCCAAGUCGAAAACGUCCACCCACGAACUCGUCCUCAACAGCGCAAAAGACCUGAAAUAUGUCGUGUUGCAUCCCCGGCGCGUGGCGCGCAGUCAAGCCACGCGCAUGGCUGCAGACAAAUUGGCGAACGCCAAACAUCCGACCCUCACGAUUGACCGAGACCAAGAAUUGCUGGAUGCGCAUGACAGCCUCGCGCGCGCGACAUCGAACGUCUCCGCGGUUUCGGAUGUGGACAAAUACAAGUCCAAGGUGGAUGACGCCGAGGCUCGAAUCCAAAUGCUCGAGGUACAGAGAGACAGUCUCCAGACGGCGUGGAUCUUGGGUCGGCAUGUGUCGCGCACCAAAGUGGUCCGCCCCAUUCCUCGACCCCGGAUAGAGCAAUUCACAACCAUCGUCGAUGGCCAACGUCGAGUGCGAUGGGAACGGUAUCUGGGACAUCUGGCUCUUUACUACACCCAGGGGUUCACAGCACCCUACAUUGACGACUUCGAGUCCCCUCCCUUCGACCUGGAAGACCUGUCUCGGAUCCUCGAACGCAUCGCCAUCGUCAGUGCGCCAUGGCAGUCAUUCCUGAUCGACGUCCGGGACGUUUACAUGUGGAACGACCCCAAACAGACCAUGCGCUGGCUAGCACUAUACUCGGUCCUAUGGUACACCCAGCAUGUCAUGGGCUUCUUCUACUUCUACAUCAUCUACGUAACCAUCCGCAACCGGCUCCGACCAUCUACCGUCCAAGGCAUUCGCGAGAGUGUGGCCAGAUCCAUUGAUCGAGGAACCCGUGUUCAGGCCUGGGGAGAACUAAUCCAACGCCAUGGCAAGGACGACUGGCUCGAGCCGUUGCUGGACGAGCUGGGCCCCAUGAUCCAGCUGCAGCUCGGCGACCUUGCGAAUCUGCUCGAGGCGCUGCAGAAUUUCUACCGAUGGGAACGACCUAGAUUGACAGCGGCCUCUCUAUUCCUCUUUUCCUGCUGUCUCCUGACCACCCUCGUUGCCGACAUGGCCUUCUGCAUGAAGCUGCUCUGGCUCAUCGUGGGCGGCGUGUUCUUUUUCUCCUUUCCCGUUUCAGCGCGGUGGCCGCAAUACCGUCUCCUCGUCUCGCCGGUCCGUUGGGCGUUCUGGGACGUUCCCACACAUGCCGAACUGGCCAUUCAGAAUUUACAGCAGAAAGCCUUGUUGCGAGAUGCCGACAUGUCAGAAUUCGAGCUUCCACAGAUCCAGAACACUGCCGACAUGCCGAACGGUUCAGCGCAUGAUGAAACAGGGGACGAAGAAGACCAAGACGAAGACGAAGAAACGCAGGAACAGGAAUUGAUCGAUAAGAUCGACCGGUCAACUGAAUCCCGCUCCUUCAUGGUCUACGACAAGCUUCACGGCAGAGCCCGGCUGAUUGUAAGUCGGACCGGUGUCACCGUCCAUGCGACGCACGGUCCGCCUCGCAGCUGGCAGUUCUCUGACAUCGCGGAGAUGCGCAAGAUCGACGACGUCGAUGUCGAUUCGAUGCUGAAGAAUCUCAAGCACGUGCAUUCCCGCUCGGCGAAGGUGCUGCAGUUCGAGUUCCGGUCCAACAACGACCUGGCGGAGAUGGAUGGGACGCUGACCAUUCUGCUUCAGCGGGCGGAUCGCGACCGGGUGUUCAAUCUCGUGCUAGGCUGGAGCGGGUUGAGAUGGCAAGCUCUGAUGCUGGAGAGACAGAAGACCAAGAACGAGAAGAAAGACCGGAGUAAUCUGGACCGAUCCAUCAAGCGGGCAUUUAUUUGA